AGGUGUCCGUCACUCUCUCUCCGUCGCUCAGCCUCGCUCUUCCAGGAAGGGAUUAUUAACCAGCGCGCUGCCGACAUGUGAAGAGAAAACACACGCACACAGACAAAAGAAGUUUUUCACGCCGACAGUCGCGCCAUGGAGCCGCAGAGCACGUAAACGCGGGAGGGGAAAGACCGGGGGCUACAUGAAAAAGAACAACUUGGGCCACGACGAGACGCAGAGCGGCCGCGCUGCUGCCGAGCGCCUUUAUGUAGCGAAGGCGAGCGGCUAGAGAGGAGAGAGCACGACGGAAAAGUGGAAGGCGCGACGGGGAGAAGUUGACGGCAGAUCAUGUCUGAAUCCUCCUCCGCGGCGAUCAAGCAGGAGAGGAGCUCUUUCAGUCCUUCCGCGAACCCGCUGCCAAACUCCACUUCCUCCCCCAUCCAUGCUCCCGCCGCGAGGCCAGCCAGCCGAAUGGACGACGAGCCUGCCAGGCAGCCCGCGCACCUGCGUCUGCAGCCGGUCUUUUGGAGCAGGGAGGACGUGGCCCAGUGGCUGCGAUGGGCCGAGAAAGAGUUCGCCCUGCGGCCGAUCACCAGCGGCUCCUUCCAGAUGAACGGCAAAGCCCUGUUGCUGCUCACCAAGGAAGACUUCCGCUACAGAUCCCCCCACUCGGGGGACGUCUUGUAUGAGCUGCUGCAGCACAUCCUGAAGCAGAGGAAGCCCCACGUGUUUUACCCGUCGGCGUACUUCCCCGGCAACUCCUUCCACUCGCUCGCCGAGAGCGCGGUGCCUCACCUGAAGCUCGAAGAAACGGUACGAAGGGGUCCGCGUGGUACGGAGCCGCUGGCCCAGCAUCCGCCCACCAUCGAGCUGCGGCACCGCUCCCGCUCGCCCCACCACCCCACGCCGCGCCGCUCGCCCCCGGAGACGGGCCACCCGCGCUCCGCCGCCGAGGACCCCCUGCAGACGUUCUCCCAGCUCCCCGACAGCAACCACCACCUGCCCGAGGAGAUGUACCCGCUGUCGGUGUCGCCGGCCGCACCCAACGGGCGCUGCGCGACGCCCCGGGACGCGCCCUGCUCCGGCAGCCCCGCGGGCCAGGAGGCAGGCCCUCCCCGCGUCAUCCAGCUCAUGCCCAGCGCCAUCAUGAACCCGCUGCUCCUCAGCCCCAACAGAAGUGCGGCCGGCGCCGGCAUGGACUUCCGGCACAGCCGCGGCGGGCCGGCGUCGCAGGCCAUGCUGGAGAACGGGCGCGAGGGGAGGGGCCACCAUCACCCGAUAACGCUGACGCAGCAGCAGCAGCAGCAGCAUCUCCAGCAGCAGCAGGAGGAGGCGCUCUACAGGAACCACGUCAUCAUGCCCGUGUCUCCGCCAGAGGAGCAGCAGAUGCCCAUCGGGCGGAUAGCUGACUGCAGGUUGCUGUGGGACUACGUCUACCAGCUCCUGUCAGACAGCAGGUACGAGAACUACAUCCGCUGGGAGGAUCCAGAGAGCAAAGUCUUCCGCAUCAUGGACCCCAACGGCCUGGCCAGACUCUGGGGCAACCACAAGAACAGAACCAAUAUGACGUACGAGAAGAUGUCGCGAGCACUGAGACACUACUACAAACUGAACAUUAUCAGGAAGGAGCCUGGACAAAGACUUCUGUUUAGGUUCAUGAAAACCCCCGACGAGAUCAUGAACGGACAGACGGACCGCCUGGAACACCUGGAGUCCGACACAGACGAACAAAUCUACAUCAAGGAGGAGUGCUGAGGAAACCUCCUAACUACUACUAUUACUACAGCCGCUGAUGCCUUUCAGAAGCAGCUCAAAACAAUCAACCCGGAGCACGUGACCCUUCGCCCGUUACCAGUCACACGCACAGAGACGCGACAUCCGAUCUCUGUUCUCGUUGCCUUAGGAAGAUCGUCUUCUGACGUGGGGAUAAAAAAAAAUAAAUAAACACGGUGUCACUUGAGAUUCAAAUGAUGGACAAGGCUGAACAGAGUCAAAGUGUUCCCCUUUAUUUCUCAACGAACUGCAAAAGCCAAUCACUUUGCUCCUAUAUGUCACUUUUAUGAUUUCGUUUUUCGGUCUCCUCACAUGCGUUAGUUAUACUGUGGAGUUUUGCUGUAUGUUAAAAGAAAAGCUGGGUGUGUGUGCGUGUGUGACAGGAAUGUUUUCACCAUGGAAUAAACAUUUUUGAUCAAACUCA